AUGUCUCACUCCCUGGAAGACCGUGCCCAAGGCGCCAUCUGGGGCGUCUGCGUCGCCGAUGCCUUAGGAGGACCAGUCCAAUUCAGAGAUCCAGGAACGUUUGAACCAAUAACUGGCUUGAGAUAUGUUGCUCCCUUCGACGAGCCAGCUGGCUCUUAUUCCGAUGACGGUUCCAUGACGCUGGCAUUAGCAACCUCUAUCUUCAAGUCCAUGCAAUACAACCACGAGCUAUCAGUCAAAUUCUACGUCGAGUGGUUGAGCGAAGGUCGUUUUAGUACUAUUGGUCGCGCGUGGGACGUGGGACGUUCAACCCGCCUGUCCUUGAAGAUCUGGAGAUCUAGAAUGAGCGACAUGGCAUUUGCCCAAGCUGGGGUGAACGCACAACUAAAUCGCGAAGAAUUCUCGGGGAAUGGGAGCUUGAUGAGAAUCGCCCCCAUCGGAGUAUGGUAUUGGCGGGAUGUUGAGCUGGCGAGAGAAUUUGCCAGGGAGCAGAGCAAGAUUACACAUCCUUCGCUUGCUUGUGUGGAGGCGUGUGAGGCAUACACGGAGUUAGUGACUCUGGCUAUGAAUGGUGAGACGAAACAACAACUUCAAAACACGGUUUCGGCAUUCCCAUUCACGCAUUCUGCUCUCGCGAAUCGAAUUGCUAAGUACAAGUCGAUCGAGGAUUGGAGAGCAAAGAAUCCGAGCGAUAUGAGGAGCAGUGGGUGGGUGGUCGAUACGCUUGAAUGUGCCUUAUGGGCAUUCUUCAAAUAUGACUCGUGGAGAGAGGGUGCCUUAGCUGUUGUCAAUCUGGGUGGUGAUUCUGAUACCGCUGGAGCUGUUUACGGAGGGCUUGCGGGUUGUUUCAACGGAGUUGCAUCCAUCCCCAGCGAAUGGAGGGACGGUAUGCAAAGGAAAGAGUUCAUCAAGGGUAUCGCCAACUCGUUCGCAGCGAAGGUUAGGUGA